AAUAUUUGUGAACAUACUAACUAUUAAUAAAACUAAUGAAUACAUAUUAUUAGUUUUGUAUCUUCCUGUGGUAGAUGACGGUACGAAGGCUAUAUUUGGGAUACGUACUCCGUACAGCUAAUCUCUGACUGUACUUAUAGAGAUAUACAGUCAAAGACAGCAACCUCAACGUGCAAGGACCAUUGCAGCGUAGAUCAUUAUAUUGGGUCUAAUAUUGCUGGGGGUGUCUUAACGGUGUCGAGAAUUGUGUACCGAUUUCACCAUGCAAGAGGCUGCCGCAUCCCGGAGCGAAUUUUCUUGUUAUUACGCAGAUUGAACGAGAGUAAAGGCCGGUUAAGGCAAGCCAAGGGUCAGCAGUGGCAUUUAGCUUCCAAGAAUAUGGAUUUGAGGAAGAUCACUUGAGCAAAGAAGAAAUGUGUGAUUUAUUAAGAGCACUCGAUAAUUCUAAAUGCAGCAUGAAGGAUGAAGAAAACGCUAGGCAGACUGCAAAUGUUGAAGAGAAUGUUGCUAGUAGUCCCGCUAAAAAGUCCAUGAAGAGGAGGUAUCUGAAUGUAAGAGACAGAAGGAUGCCUUGGAGUCUCCUGCCUGGCACAAUAACCCAAGCUGAAAAAGCGCGCACGCUGGCAGUAUAUAUUAAGCUUAUGUCUAUGAACAAUUACCUCCAGGCUAGGCAAUCAAUCAAUUUUGCUUCUUGGCCGCCCCCCAUUCAAAUAUUAGAAGAAUCUACACGGCUACAACCCAUUAGAUCAACAAGGAGUGGAAGAUCUGUUCCUAUUUAUGCAGAUUUUGAUGAUGAUUCGUCAGACUUAGAUUUCGUUGUCACAAAGACAAAAAAGAGAAAGGUUUCAAAUAGUGAACAGAAUGUCACUGAAGGGGUUUAUUCAAACAAGAUUGUAAGUCUUAAAAGGAAAACUUCUAGAGAUGAGAAUACGCGUCCAGUGAAAGAAGCAAAAAUAACAAUUGGGAAUGAAAUAUUAAGUAAUAAUAUUAAAGUAAAAAAAGAUCUUUUUUCCAUUAUUGAAGACUGAUAUUGUUAGUCACAAUUUUGUAUAGACUGAUUCAUUUUAACCCACGGAAUAGUAUUGGUUGUUCUAAAAACGUAAACAAUCAAUAUGUCAUUUAUUCAUUUCUUUGAAGUUGUUAAACAAAUUAGUAUAUGGAUAAAAAAUGUUACUUCACCAAUUUGUGUACAACCUGCCUGAUUUAAAAAAAAGAUAAAAAUGAUUGUCAGCUAACUAAUAAAAUGCACGGGUAGUUCAUUGAAAAGUUACAUUUGGGGUUGCGUUUUUUAGAGGACGCAAUUUUAUUUUUUGAAGUGUAGGGGCGGUCAGUGUAAAGCUAAAACCAAG